GAACGUUUUGGUUAUAUCCCAGGACAAAGGGAGCUGCUGACGUUUGAAAGUAUGCCGAGAGGCACCAGAAGUGGAGACCGCAAGACCUGGAUCUCUUUUUUCCGCGAUUUCAGUGGCAUGUACAUCCAUCCUGUGGGCUUCGAGAUGCUGAUCAAUCACGAAAGCAGCAACUCGUCAAACUGGACUGUUGACAGGUUGUUGUACAACGGUCAAUACUUUGACACCAUUGAUGAGUUUGUGGUAAUUUACAAAGCGGGUCGUUUAAAAAAGAUAGUCUACAAAGAAAUCCCAAAUUACGCUUCGCUGAAGCCAAGGAAAAAAACCUUCUGGUUUAGGACCACAGCAGUAUUACCUUCAAGGGAAACGUUUCAGCGUUAAAAACAACCGGGUGAUUUAUUUGGACUGGAGCUUCGCGUUUGGCUUGAGCUCUCUGACUGGGAUGCGGGUGUUUGAUGUUCGUUUUAAAGGAGAAAGGAUUGCGUACGCACUCGGCGUGCAGGAGGCGAUGUCUGUUCUCGAAGUUCCUGGACUCAAGUAUCGGGAUCGGUCGCUUCGCUCACGAGCUCGUGCGUGGGGUCGACUGUCCGUACGCUGCCACCUUCUAGACACCUACCGCUAUAUUGACACCAACGUCACGCAGCGUUACAGAAACUCCAUCUGAGUUUUUGAACAUGACAUUGGGCGACCUUUGCGACGGCAUUUCUCGGAUUUCUUUCAUAAUGGGUUUGGUGGGAUGGCAAACAGCGCUCUGGUGUUCCGCACUAUUACUGCAAUAGGGAACUAUGAUUACAUAUGGGACUUUAUUUUCUAUCAAAGCGGCUCCGUGGAAGCGAGAGUUCACGCCACUGGCUACAUAUCAUCCUCCUUUAAGGUUGAUGGAAAUGUGCAGUACGGCCACCAGGUUGCAGAGAAUGUCCUUGGAAAUAUCCAUACUCGUUUUAAAGUCGACCUGGAUAUUUUAGGUGUGAAGAAUGUAUUUUAGACUAAAGACAUGGUGUAUAAGGAAGUGCCAUUGCCAUGGAUGCCCUCAGAGAAAGCAAAGAUACCACAACUGGUGGAGCAGCAAAUCAAGACAGAAAAAGAAGCAGCGAUGCUUCAUAGUGCCAAGACACCCCGUUACCUUCAUAUAGCCAGGAAUCAGACUAAUCAGUGGGGCCACCAUCGCUCUUACAGGCUUCAGGUGGUGAGCUUUGCUGGAGAUCACCUCCCUGAAAGUGAGUCCGUAGAGAAGUCCAUAUCCUGGGCUCGGUAUAAAGUUGCUUUAACCAAGCAUAAAGAUGAAGAGCAGACUAGUAGCAGUCUGUACAAUCAGAAUUACAUGUGGUCCCCAUUUGUUGACUUCAGCAAAUAUAUUGACGAUAAUGAGAUGAUCGUCAACGAGGACUUGGUUGCCUGGGUGACCACCGGUUUCCUACACAUUCCGCAUGCAGAAGACAUCCCCAACACGGUUACUGUAGGCAAUGGUGGCGGUGUCAUCCUUAGGCUGCACAACUAUUUUAAUGAAGAUCCGUCCAUCAACUCACCUGAUGGAGUGUAUUUUGGUCCAGGCCCUGAGAGUGACUGUGAGUACAACAAAAUGGCGUGUCUGGAAAAGGAUCACUGCAGUUCCACUCUGGAGCCAUUCACGUACCAUGGCUUUGAAGGUGUCACGGUUCGCAGGUCUGUGGAUUCCUCCUUUGUUUUGUGUGUGUGUCUGUGUGCGUGUGUGGCUGUCACCUGCGUUACUGGGCAACUCAUGAUCGCUGAUUAGCGUUGAUCAGCUGCACCCUUUAUAUUGAGUUGUUUGUUGCUCAUUCCC